UGUCAGCUGCACCGGAAGUUCCUGGCCCGGCCUGGCGGUAACCUUGGGGGGGCCUGGCUGCCGCGGCUGCAGUUGCUGGGUGGGCUUAACGAGUCUGCGCCUCAGCCAGGUUAGGCUCCUUAGCUGCCGGAGCCGCCGGGGUUGUACCGGAGUUCGCUGACGUACGCGGGGAGCGGGCACCCGCUCGCGGAGCUGCCCAGCCGACAUGUCUCUAAUGGCGGAAGCUUUCGUCUCCCAGAUCGCAGCUACAGAACCUUGGCCAGAAAAUGCUACAUUAUAUCAGCAACUGAAAGGGGAGCAAAUUUUGCUUUCUGACAAUGCAUCUUCUCUUGCUGUGCAGGCCUUUUUGCAGAUGUGUAAUCUGCCUGUCAAAGUGGUUUAUAGGGCAAAUGCAGAAUAUAUGUCUCCAUCUGGUAAAGUACCUUUUAUUCAUGUGGGAAAUCAAGUAGUCUCAGAACUUGGUCCAAUAGUCCAAUUUGUUAAAGCCAAGGGCCAUUCUCUUAGUGAUGGGUUGGAUGAAGUCCAAAAAGCAGAAAUGAAAGCUUACAUGGAAUUAGUCAACAAUAUGCUGUUGACUGCAGAGUUGUAUCUUCAGUGGUGUGAUGAAGCUACAGUAGGGGAGAUUACUCAUGCUAGGUAUGGAUCUCCUUACCCUUGGCCUCUGAAUCAUAUUUUGGCCUAUCAGAAACAAUGGGAAGUCAAACGUAAGAUGAAAGCAAUUGGAUGGGGUAACAAGACUCUGGAUCAGGUCUUAGAGGAUGUGGACCAGUGCUGUCAGGCUCUUUCUCAAAGAUUAGGAACACAACCAUAUUUCUUCAAUAAACAGCCUACUGAACUCGAUGCACUGGUAUUUGGUCAUCUAUAUACCAUUCUAACCACACAGUUGACCAAUGAUGAACUGUCUGAGAAGGUCAAAAACUAUAGCAACCUCCUGGCUUUCUGUAGAAGAAUUGAACAGCAUUAUUUUGAAGAUCGUGGUAAAGGCAGGUUGUCAUAGAGAUAUGUUAGUUAUUAUUUCUUUAAAGAUCUGAUUUUUGAAAUAUGUGUUACUUGAUAGAUAUAAUAGAUAUUGGUAUUAGAAUUUUAAACCAAAACCAAUUUUUUGAAACCUCAAAACAAAUUAUAUAAUGUAUCCUGUACAUGUUCUUUGUACUGUUAUUUGUGUGCACAUUAGUUUUGAACUAUUUCAUUUGACAUAUUGUACUCUACAUCUUGAAGUUUUUGUUCCCUUAUAAACAUAUAAAAAUAAAGCUUAAACAACUGUACAGUUGUUAUAUUUACUUUCCUUUGAUCUUUCUGAAGUUGUUCGCUAGGCUUUAUAUAUAUGGAAUAAACAGUGUCUUUUCUACAUCAAGUAUUUGGUGUUACAUACUCUUGAGAUUACUUCACUAGAUACAUGAUGAUGAAACUGGUCAUGUGAAAAAUGUUCUUCACAUCUAAAUUGAAUUGAAGAACAUUUAAUCAGAGCAGCUAUGACUUAAUUUGAUAAAAGAAUGGGUUGAAGGACCUUAUUUCUUUUGAGACAAGAAUAUUUUAAUAAUGCUCUUUUAUUUCUUUUUUGGAAAAGGAAGGAUAGUUUUCACAGAAGUAUUGGUGAGGAUUUAGACAUUAAGAAUUAUAUGUUGUGUUUGUCUCAAUUUUUCUAAUAUUUUGUUUUUGAUAAAACCAGUGAUGCCAUAAAGAUUUAAAAAUUUUGUUUAGAAUGUCUAAAUAGUGGUACAUUCAUAUUUUCUUCCUUAUGUACCAGAGAUUUUUGUCUGAUUUAAUCCUUACAAAAAUGCUAUCAUGGUUAUCCCCAGUUUACAAAUAAGGAAGUAGAGACACAGACAGGAUAAUACCUUGCCCCAAGGAUAUAGUUUGUAAAUGGUAGAGUUGGAAUUUAAACCCAGGCAGUCUGAUAUCAAUUGGCUUCCUUUACCUUUUUUUUCCUCUUAAGAUUAUAGAUUUAUAUGAUAUAAAGGAUAUAUUAGGUUCUUCUCGUCCAAACCCCACUUAAACUUUGAGUACUCUGUGAACUAUAGUACUAUCACUAGCUUUUCUGGAAUAAUUUUGUAAUGUGUAAUAUUAAAUUAAAAAGUCCCUUGUUACCUGUGUUUUUGCAAUUUUUAUAACUGGUCUUUGUUUAGAUGGUUUGCAUAUAAUACAUUUCUUUAACUAUUGCAAUCACAUUUAUUUAAUUGGAUAAAUAUUAUACCUUAGUUUGCUGAGUUUAAUUUUUUUUCUUUUUGAGUUUUUUUGCAUAAUGAUACCACAUCACCAGGGGUUGUGAUAUUUUAAUCUUAGUGAUUAUACUUGGCUGUAUUCUUAUUGUAAUAUGAGAAACAUUGGUAAACAUUGGCUACUUAUUCUAAGAUAAGGUAUUUAUAUUUAAUAUAUGUGGAUCACACUCGGAGAGGGCUUAUUUUUUCCUAGUGUUGAGGAAUCACUGUCAAAAUCAAAUGCAUUAGAAAGCAGAAAAUUUUAUGUCCUAUUUUGAUGAUUCGGUUUCUUGCAUUUAUUCUUUAAAUCCUUCAUCUUUUAAAUCUAAGUCUAUAAAGCCAAGUCAUAAUAGCUAAAAAUUAUCAUUGAAAAGCCACUGUGGGACAAGAGUUAAAAUGUUUUUUACUCUCAAAGUACUUGUAUAUAUAUUAUAAAUUUCAAAAUAAGUAGCAUGUAUCCUAUGUAAAUAAAAAUUUAAAUCAUAAGUAGUUUUUCAGAAUGAUACUUUUAUACAUGAGAAACUUGAAAUUAAUACAGAUGGUGUACAGUAUCACAUUUGAUUAUAUUGAUGGUAUGUAUUAUUAAGCUGAAAAUAAUUUUAUUUUCUAUGAAAUCCUUUGGAAGUCAGCUUAUUACUUUGUUACUUUCUAAUUGUUUAUUAGAUGAGUAGCUAUUGUAUAUUAUUUCAUUAGGUAUGCUAAAUCCAAUAAAAAUGUAAAUGAUAAAGGAUGUCAAUCUGAGAAAUUGACUGUGUUAAUGCUUUCUUGGUGAACAUACUAAGUAUUUUUUUUAACUCUUAUGUAUUCUCAUUUAAUGAUGUGACUAUUUUUUAGGAAGGCAUAUCAAAUACUACAUUCUACAAAAUUUACAAUAAAAAUUUUUUGAACUUAAUAUAAUUUCUUGUUUUGAAGUAUUAUGGAUCUAGAGUAUAUAGCUUAGUGGUAGAGCCCUUGCCUAGCAUUCAUGAAGACCUGUGUUUGAUCUCCAGUAUGGCAAAAACAAAAAACAAAAAAGUAUUGACCAUUGCUUCUUGUUCAACUGUUUUGUGGUACGUUAUAUCCAUUGAUGUCUACAAAUGUAAAGUAAUUUGUAAAUUUUAUUAAUCCCUUCAAUAAAAGAAAAAUAUGAAAAAGUU